AGUGUUAAUAAUACAUGCAAAAGGAUAGAUGAAAGGAUAGCCCAAGAAUAUCCAAAUAGCCGAGACGGUGCCACAUGUGUGAUAGUUUUAAUAAAAGAUGAAUAUGCUUAUAUUAUAAACAUAGGAGAUUCAUGUGCUUAUUUGUGUCGUUAUUUAAAUAAUUGUAAUCAAGCCAUUGAGUUAGUAGAUAUUCAUAAGCCUUGGGUUAUAACAGAAAAAGAAAGAAUAAUAAAACAUGGAGGUACUAUUGAAAAUGGAAGAGUGAACGAUAUAAUCGAUGUUACAAGAUCUUUUGGGGACUUAUCAUUAAAGAAAUAUGGCUUAUUGUGUACAGGGACAUUUAAAAAGUUUAAAAUAAAUUCUGACGAUAAUUUUAUAAUUCUGGGAACAGAUGGAUUUUUUGGUUUUGUUGAUAUAAACUAUGUAAUAAAUGAGAUAACAAAUUUGUCUAAAAAGGAAGAAAGAUUGGUAAACGUUGAAAAAAAAAAGACAGUAUUCGAUGCAAAGAGUAUUUGUAAUAUUAUGGUGGAACAUGCUAUUGUUGAUAAAAAAUCUCAAGAUAAUGUAACGGUUGUUUUAAUCAAAUUUCUGCACAAAAAAAAAAAAAAAAAAAAAAAAAAAAAGAAGAAGAAGAAUAUAUAUAUGUGA